AUGCAGGAUAUCAAGUCAAGAACAAAAUCCAAUGAUAAAUCGAAACUGGUACAAAUUGAGUGUGAUGACAUACCGAGAAACAAGUCUAUGCCAGACAUGCAGAAAUUCAAGGGACUCUCCUCGACCCCUGUAAGAAAUAUUAGUGGUAUGAGCAAAAUAAAUGAAGACGAACCGCUGGGUAGUGUCCUAACGCCAAAUAAGCGCAAUACAUUUGACAGUUAUUCUGAGAGUACACAAAUUAUAGACAUAUAUAGAUCAUUGGAUGAUCAAGAUACACAUAGUGCAACCACUCCGUCUCGAGCUAGGGCUGAUACUGCUAGUACUGGGCCUGGGUCUCCUUCUACUAUUCAAAGACAAUCAGAAUUGGAUAGAAACGAUCCUGCUCACUUUGAUAGAUAUGGUUUUAGAAAACAAAACAAUUAUAUAACUGAAGAAGAAUAUGAUCAAUGGUGGGGGGAAUAUUCUAAAUAUUGUCUGAAGAGGAAGAAAAAAUGGGAGACAUAUUUGAGUAAAUGUGGGUUACCAUUGAAUAACGAUAACCCAUUGAAUUUCCCAUCGAAUUGUGAAAAACUUAAAAGAUAUAUAAGGAAAGGUAUACCUGCUGAAUGGAGGGGUAAUGCAUGGUGGCAUUUUGCUAGAGGAGAAGAAAUGUUACAAAAAAAUAAAGGUUUAUAUGAUAAAUUAGUAUUGAAGACAACAAAAGUGGAGAAAAUUAGUAAGAAAAAUAAGAAUAAUAAUGAUGACUUUGAUAUAAUUGAAAGAGAUCUGUGGAGAACAUUCCCAGAUAAUAUACAUUUUCAUAAGGAAGGAUUCCAAAAAGAGGAGCCUGUAAUGAUUCAAUCAUUAAGACGAGUCCUUGUUGCAUUUACAAUUUAUGAUCCUUCAAUUGGAUAUUGUCAAUCUAUGAAUUUCAUUGCAGGAUUAUUACUAUUAUUUUUGGAUGAAGAAAAAGUGUUUUGGAUGUUGGUAAUAAUUACAAAAAAAUAUCUACCUGGAGUUCACUCUUUAAACCUUGAAGGUGUUAAUGUCGAUCAAGGUGUAUUAAUCCUUUGCAUUAAAGAAUAUUUACCUGAAUUGUGGGAACAAAUUGAACUGUCAUAUAUUACAAGUAAUCAUCAGGAUAAUUUAAUGAAUCCUGAAAAUAAUAAAACCACUAUCCAAAAUUAUUUCCAUAAGGAAGAGUAUUUGUUUAAAUUGCCUCCUAUUACAUUAACCACAGCAAGUUGGUUUAUGAGCUGUUUCAUCGGUUCUGUUCCAAUUGAAACCACACUUAGAAUAUGGGAUUGUAUGUUCUAUGAGAAAUCACAUUUCUUAUUUAAAUCAUCAUUAGCUAUUUUAAAAUUAUGCGAAGACGAAUUAUUAAAGGAUAGUAUAAAUAAUAGUACGAAGAAAUUUUUUUUAAAUACGAUAUCGUAUGCUACUCAGGGCUCCACAGACUCGAUAUCCCAAGUUAAUAAUAAACGACCUAAAGAAUUUCAAAUGAAUCAAGAUGAUUAUGAUAUAUUGAUGUUUCAAGUGAUCCAAACGUUCCCCAGAAAGUUAAUCGAUGCAAAUUUAUUAUUCGAUAAGAUUUUAUUUAAGAAGAAGUUUAGCUUAAAUCAAUUAACACAGGAUGAGAUUGAUUUGAGAAGGAAAUAUGUUUCAGUUCAGAGAAAUAAAUUAAAACACUUUGAUGAGACUAUUCUUGAGAGAUCUUUUCCGAUUAAUUCCGAGUCCUCUCCGAAGUUAAAUGGUUAUAGUCAAGAAUAUUCGUUGAGUAAUGAUCUGGUGAAUGAGACCAUGUCAUCUGAGAUUAACGGGUUUAAUGUUGGUGGAUUAAAUAGUAUAAAUUGGAAUAAUAGUAUCAAAGAACGAGUAAGGAAGAUGAGGCAAACAAAUGAUAAUUAA